AUGGACUUCCGGUACGGCAUUGACCAUCUGGAGCCAGCAUUCGACGAUCGAGCCAUCCCUUACAUUACCUAUGGUCUCCGCUUCGACGAGGCAACCGCACACCACAUCGAAGCCACACUUAACGCCAGCCGAGUGUACAUAAUUGCAUCCGCAUCGCUGUCGAAAAACACCGAUGCGCUGAAACGGCUCCAAAAGACUCUCGGCGACAAAACCGUCGGCCUGAGGAUCGGAAUGACGCCUCACACGCACUGGAACGAAGUGCUUGAGAUCGCAAAAGAUGCCGCGCCCAAGAAACCCGACGUCAUCGUCACUUUGGGCGCCGGGUCGCUGACAGACGCGGCCAAGGUGAUCGCGUGGAUGCUCGCCAACGACAUCACGGACUCCGAGGGAAUGGACAGACUCCUCAGCUCCAAGGGAGACUUCAAGGACCCUGUGAUCCGCCACGUCGCCAUCCCAACCAGCCUCUCCGGCGGCGAGUAUCAGAGCAUCGCAGGCGUGACGCGAGACGACGGGAGCAAUCGCAAAUGCCUGUUCGAGCCGCCCACGCGGAACCCCAGCCUGGUGGUGCUCGACCCAGAACUGACCACGACGACUCCCGAGCGAAUCUGGCUGAGCACAGGUGUGCGGGCAGUGGAUCACUGCAUCGAGACGCUAUGCAGUCUGCUAUCCAACGAGAAAGGUGACGCGGAGGCCGAAAAGGGGCUGCUCAAGCUCGUCCCGUCACUGAUCCGCACGCACCGCGAUCCGAACGAUCUAGCCGCGCGGUUCGAGACGCAGCGAGGCGUCAUCGAGGCCAUGAGCGCCGUUGGCAGCGGCGUGCCCCUCGGCGCAAGCCACGCGAUUGGGCAUCAGCUUGGGCCGCUCGGCGUCGGCCAUGGCGAGACUUCCUGCAUCAUGUUGCCCGCGGUGUGUAAGUGGAAUGCGAAGGUCGGCGCAAACAAUGACCGACAGGCGUACACCAAGAAAGUGCUCCUCAGGUCGCCCACCGUCAAGGAGCUGCUCAAGGCUAAGUACGAGAGCGACGACCAGGUUUUCGUGGAGAAGCUUGAUCUCGGUGACAUUCUGGACUUGAUCUUUAGGGAGUUGGGGAUGCCGAGAACGCUGAAGGAGGUGGGUAUUGGAAGGGAGAAGCUGGACGCUUUGGCGCAGAACAGCCUCAAGGACCACUGGAUCCAGACGAAUGCGAAGCCUAUCACGGAAAAAAGCGAUGUUCUAGAGAUUCUGGAAAUGGUGGUGGCAUGA